AUGACAGCCUGGACCGAAGGGCGACGGAUGAUUCAAGAAUCAGAGGGUGUCUAUGCAUAUACGCUUACCAUGGGCGACAACAAUUGGGAGAAGUUUCAGGUUUGGAUUGAUGAAGAUCCAGACAAGGUGCUUCAUCCGGCCAAUCCCAACGACAUGUCUGAAUCCAUCAUUGAGGGGCCAGAGGCUGAUGUUCCACAGGCCUUAGCUUGGAAGAUCUCUGGGGCGAAGGAAGAGGUUCGCUUGGUGAACGAGGCUCAGUUCGAAGCCAUGGAGGAAAGUGGUGUGCUGGUGAAGGGACCAGAAUGCAUGGUCGCCUUUGGUGGCAGCUACAUACCUCCACAGACCGAGGAUGACGUCACCAAGAUGCCGAUUGUGAACCUGAAUGCUGGCCUUGAAGGGCAACCUGGUGACAAGUACCGGAUUCGCCUUUACGUCCAGGGGGGGUACAAACGCCUCGAGUGGUCCAAGGCCAAAGGUACCGAUGCUGUCGCACCGCUGGGCGAAAAGCGCUUCAAGCACAAAUUUUCAGUGAUUGGUGAUCAUAGCCAUUGGUUCUUCAAUGACAUGCAGGAGGUGGAAACUGGCGUCUACGCUGCAGAGGUUCAGAUCUUGAAGAGCCCGAGCAACUUCCAGAUCUACCGUGACCGGGAUUUCGAUCAGGGCUUCUAUCCGGAUGAGGAUGACAACAUCCUUGGCCCAGACGAUCGUGGCCAAGGGUAUUACUGGAAGCUCAAUGGAGAGGUGGGGGACGUCUUCCGGAUCACCUUCCACCGACGAGUUCGACGUGGAGAGGAUAAGAGAAGCAUCAGUUGGGAACACUUGCGGUCGGAAGAAGUGAACUUUGAGGAGCGGGCCAAAGAUCACAACUACUUCAUUGUUGGAUCGUGGAACGGCUUCAAAGAUUGCCAGGCGAUGAAGAAAGAGACCGAUGAGAAUGGCCUUGCCACCUCCUAUUGGCAGGAGAUCACCCUUGGUGACAGCGGAACUGAAACCAUCCAGAUUUUGCUGGAGCGAAAUUGGCUGGCUGCUGUGCAUCCAGAGAGAAAUCUGGCAACUCAGAAUGAUGGCCAUGAAAUUCUUGGACCUGACGAUGAAGGUUCUGGAAAGUACUGGGCAAUUGGACCUGGAGAUCAUUUGUCACCAGGUGACCAUGUCAUCGUCCAUAUGGACAUGAAGGGUGGCUUGCCUCACUCCGUGUGGUGGGAGAGGUAUGACUCACCCAAUAUCCAUUUCGAGUAUCUGAAGAAAGGCUCCGAGCGUGUGUUUAAGAGGCACAUGAGGCUCAUGGGAUUGAUCCCAUGGCAAUCCAAAGAUAAGCCCGCUCGCUUGGCGAAUCCGCCCGAGUGGUACGGCAGUGGCCGUGAUCGGGAGGACAGCGGUGUCAACGCGGACCUCUGA